GGGCGGGGCGAGGCGGGGCCGGCGGCCCUGAGGGAGCCGGAGCGGACGCGGAGCGGAGCCGGAGCAGUCGGCGGCGAUGUCGGUGCAGGUGGCGGUGGCCGCGCCCGCCGUGGAGCUGAAGGAGCUCGGCGGCCCCAUGGACAAGGCGGCGGGGCCGCCGUGCGAGCCUGUGGGCGCUCACGCAGCGGGGCACGGCGUGGCGGCGCCCGCCUGCCCCGUGCCGGGCGCCGAGCGUGAGGCGGCCCCGGCCCCCUCCGCCGAGCGGCCUCCGGGGGGCGGCUGCCCCGGGCUCUCCUCGUCCGCCGGGCUGUCCUCGGCCGCCGCCAAGGUGCCGCAGGCUUCGGCCAUGAAGAGGAGCGACCCUCACCACCCCCAGCACCGGCACCGCGACGGCAGCGACAGCAGCGGCGCCGCGGCCGAGGCGCUGGUGAGCCCCGACGGCACCGUCACCGAGGCGCCGCGCACCGUCAAGAAGGUAACGGGGGCGACAGCGGCGGGGGGCCCUCCUGGCGGGGCUGUGCGGGGCAUCCCCGCGGGCACAGCCCCGCAGCCGGCCCGGGGCUCGGGGACGCGGCGCUGCCUCGGCCGGGCAGGGGCCGGCCCGGUGCGGGGUCCCGGGGCGCGGGGGGUGUUGGUGACCCCGAGGGGCUGCCGUGGCCGCGGGGCCGCUCCAGGGCUGUGGCUGCAUUUUGGGGACGUGUUCUGCCGUGCCUGGGGGGGUCUGUCUGCGCCUUGUCCCCCCCACCCCGUGUCUAUGCACCGGAGCGGACGCGGAGCGGAGCCGGAGCAGUCGGCGGCGAUGUCGGUGCAGGUGGCGGUGGCCGCGCCCGCCGUGGAGCUGAAGGAGCUCGGCGGCCCCAUGGACAAGGCGGCGGGGCCGCCGUGCGAGCCUGUGGGCGCUCACGCAGCGGGGCACGGCGUGGCGGCGCCCGCCUGCCCCGUGCCGGGCGCCGAGCGUGAGGCGGCCCCGGCCCCCUCCGCCGAGCGGCCUCCGGGGGGCGGCUGCCCCGGGCUCUCCUCGUCCGCCGGGCUGUCCUCGGCCGCCGCCAAGGUGCCGCAGGCUUCGGCCAUGAAGAGGAGCGACCCUCACCACCCCCAGCACCGGCACCGCGACGGCAGCGACAGCAGCGGCGCCGCGGCCGAGGCGCUGGUGAGCCCCGACGGCACCGUCACCGAGGCGCCGCGCACCGUCAAGAAGAUCCAGUUUGCUGACCAAAAGCAGGAGUUCAACAAGCGCCCGACCAAGAUCGGCCGCCGGUCGCUGUCCCGCUCCAUCUCGCAGUCCUCGACAGACAGCUACAGCUCAGCUGCCUCCUACACGGACAGCUCGGACGAUGAGACCUCCCCGAGGGACAAGCAGCAGAAGAACUCCAAGGGCAGCAGCGAUUUCUGCGUGAAGAACAUCAAACAGGCCGAGUUCGGGCGCCGCGAGAUCGAGAUCGCCGAGCAGGAGAUGCCAGCGCUGAUGGCUCUGAGGAAGAGAGCUCAGGGGGAGAAACCCCUGGCUGGGGCCAAGAUCGUGGGCUGCACUCACAUCACAGCCCAGACAGCGGUGAGAGCCUGGCCCCAAACCCAAACGGGGCAUUCCCUCUGCCCAUCCCCCCUUCUCCCUCCCUGGCCAGGGUUCCCUGUGUUUGCCUGGAAGGGCGAAUCCGAGGACGAUUUCUGGUGGUGCAUCGACCGCUGCGUCAACGUCGAGGGCUGGCAGCCCAACAUGAUCCUGGAUGAUGGGGGAGAUCUCACCCACUGGAUCUAUAAGAAAUACCCCAACAUGUUCAAGAAGAUCAAGGGCAUUGUGGAGGAGAGCGUCACCGGGGUCCACAGGCUGUACCAGCUCUCCAAGGCGGGGAAGCUCUGCGUGCCAGCCAUGAACGUCAACGACUCGGUCACCAAGCAGAAGUUUGACAACCUCUACUGCUGCCGGGAGUCCAUCCUGGACGGCCUGAAGAGGACAACAGACAUGAUGUUUGGAGGGAAGCAGGUGGUGGUUUGUGGCUAUGGGGAGGUCCUCCACCUGCAGGACCCUCCAAACCUCAGGAGUUUGCCAAAAACUGAAAGUUUUCUUCAUUUCUUUAUUAUUAAAGAGAUGCCAAACAUGGACGGGUUCCGGCUGGUGAAGCUCAAUGAAGUCAUCAGGCAGGUCGACAUCGUCAUCACCUGCACAGGGAACAAGAACGUGGUGACCAGGGAACAUCUGGACAGGAUGAAGAACAGCUGCAUUGUCUGCAACAUGGGGCACUCCAACACCGAGAUCGACGUGGCCAGCCUGCGCACGCCCGAGCUGACCUGGGAGCGGGUGAGGUCCCAGGUGGAUCACGUCAUCUGGCCCGACGGGAAGAGGAUCGUGCUGCUGGCAGAGGGCCGCCUGCUGAACCUGAGCUGCUCCACCGUGCCCACCUUUGUCCUGUCCAUCACGGCCACCACCCAGGCCCUGGCUCUGAUAGAGCUGUACAACGCUCCCGAGGGCCGCUACAAGCAGGACGUGUACUUGCUGCCUAAAAAAAUGGACGAGUACGUGGCCAGCCUGCACCUGCCCACGUUCGACGCGCACCUGACGGAGCUGACGGACGAGCAGGCCAAGUACCUGGGGCUCAACAAGAACGGACCCUUCAAGCCCAACUACUACAGAUAUUGAGUUCCCGCCGCCGCGUCCCGGAGAAUCGCGAGGAACUGCGACAACACCCGAGUCUUUCUCAACUACUGUACAGGAUGAAACCGCGCAAGCUUCCCACGCUAGAGCCGGGCUUGCUGCCAUAGUCGACAGUGUGUUUAGGUUAUUUAUUUAUUAAAUUAGGAUACUGUUCAUGUGGCCUCUGCCACUGGUGUUCGUCCUGCCGCGGGACUGGGAGACGCUGGAUUUUCUUUCCGUUCCUUUCAUUUUUCUCUUUGGGUUCGUUCUUUUCCGGGGCUGGGAGGACGGGGAAGGCGAGGAGGAAUCGAGCCGUGGAAUAGUCCCUUAUCCCUGCUCUCCCUGCACACGGCGGGGCCCGGCCUGGGAGUCGCUUUUGGUUUCCUCCACGCCCCAGCGCUUCUCCGGCGGCGCCGGAUGCCGCAGCCGGGGAAUCUCCGGCGGUUUGACGACAGAGCCAAGAUCCUCCUUGGCUCCGGGCGCUGCCGCCCUGCCGGGAGCCGCCUCGGGAAUCUGGCUGGAGAAGCCUCUCCGUGUGCCCUGGAAGUGCCCGGGGCCGUGCCCAGCCGGGGAACCUCGCCUUAGCCCUGCCCGGAGCUGUGCCCAGGGCUCAGCGCCGGCCCGGGGAGAGCCCCGAGCUCCGCGCCGCUCCCCUGGCCACAGCCCCGCGGCGUUUUCCUGCUGCUGUCGUUCCGAGUGCCAACCUCUCUGGAUCAACCAAAGUCGUGUUCCCGGCGGGGCCGGGGCAGCCCCGCCCGCCCACCGAUGCUGCUGCCGCGCCGGCGGCUCUGGCCGCGCCAGGCAGAGCUCGCCGGCCGCCCGGCUGGGAGGACCCAGGUCCUUCUCCAGCUGAAUUUCAGUCCUCAUUGGAAGUUCGGAGUUUUAUUUUCUGGUCAUAUUUGUAUGAAUCUGGAAUUCCCCUUGGGAAUGUAUGAGACGUCCUCCGGAGCGACCCCCACGGAUUCUGUGCGAGGGGAGAGUUCAGCAUCACCAAAACCCUUUGGUCACCUCGACGUGUCAGAGCUGAUGGAGAAUAAAUUUGCCAGAGUUCCCUGUUUUAUCCCAAGAUGUCCCACCUGAGCACAGGACAGCGUGACCCUUAGCAAGGUGACUUCCCAAGUGUCUGAGCGGAGUCACUUCUGUCCCUCACGUGGAGAACGUGAUCCUUCUGAAACAAAACUGCCCGGCCCCGUGAGCACAGAAGCCUCUGUCCUCCCUGUUGGUUCCCGAGUCUCUCAUCGGCUGCAGAUCCGUGUUGUGUCCUCCUGGGCUUCUUUGCCAUCAUGGAGAACUGUUUAGUGGCAGCUCGUUCACGCACAAGGAAGGGAAAACAGGAAUGACAGCCUCAAGUCCUUCCCACGGCUCUCCAGAGAUUUGGAGGCAGGUUGGCCACAAGUCGCUCAUCUCCAGAGCAAACGUUCCCAUGUGCCGGCUUAUUCCAAGUUUCUCUUUGAAAUCUCUCAAAAUCAGGAAGGAAAACCUUGAGAAGAGCUUGAGGAAACCUUGAAGAGACCUUGGGAAGGCGUCAGGGCUUUCAGAAGGCCUUGAGGAGACCUUCAGGCUUUGAGAAGCUUCCAGUAGACAGAUCUCUAACCACAGACUCGAAAUGAUCUCUGCUCGUUCAUUUUACCCAGAUCCUGAGAAUUUCUGGGAAGAAUCCCCUGAGCUGUUUGAAACAUCACACCCAGGUGUUCUCCCCGAGCUGGAUCCUGGUCUGUGUGAGCCCCUGCUGUUCCCUGGGAGCUGCUCCUGGCCCAGGUGAGACGCGGCCGUGGGGUCACUGGGGCAGAGCAGCUCUGGGAAGAACAGGAAUCCCAUCCCAACCCAAGCACAGCCACUUCCCCCUGGAAAAGUCCCUUUCAUCCCCACCCCUCAUCCCCAGAGCCGUGUCCCACCCUGUGCCUGCUCUGCACAGCCCCAGAUCCCUUGGUGCCCAGUUUUAACCCCCUUUUAUCUUCCAGGUAGUUAGGAAGGGAAAAAAAAAUAAAUAUAUAUAUAUAUAUUACUACUGAAAUCCCAACUGGCUUUUCCCACCUCGAUUUUUAAAGCUCUUCUCCAUGUUCUGCUUCUCCUGUAAAAGCUUUUUGGCUCGCUUGGCUUUUUUCCUAAUCAACCUGGAAUCAUAUCUAUGAUCAUCUCUAAAUUAAACGUGUAAUGGGGUUUGGUUUCUUUCAUCUUUUUUUUUUUUUUAAUGUAACGCAUUUUUCAAGACUUAGGAAAAAGGAGAUUUUAGGUAACACCAGCAAAAUCGCAUAAAGGAAAUUAAUUUUGUUCUGAACUUUAGAGAUAAUAAUAAGACAAAACUCGUCAUCAGCAGCGAGGAAACGAAAACGUCGCAACCGUAACAUUUCAGAAGGAUGUUUUAAAUAUUAAUGUCUGAGUGAUUGUAUUAGAUCAGCAAUAAAGACUCUGUAAUCUCAAAACACAAAUAAAACAUUGGAAAACUCA